AUGUCCAACCCCCGUCCCUCAAUUCCUCCCGGCCCCCCGGCCGUCGCCAUCCCAGUCGACCAGUCCUCCAGUCUUUGGGAACGCAUAUCGACGUGGGUAUCCGAGAAUAAGGCUGUUGUCUACACAAUUGCUGGCGUGGCUGUCGUUUUCACUGGUGCCGGUGUCGUCUAUUAUCUCAACACUCCUGCCGAACCCCAAACACCACGACUUUCAAAGAAGGAACGUCGCAAGAGGAAAGAAGCCGAACGAAAGGCUGCCGAGUCACAAAACAAUGUCGCCGCCCAGCCUGAGUCUAAGGAGAAGGCGAAGGAGCAACCGAAGCCGGCUGCCGUCGAGGCUGAGGAUGAGCUUCCUACCAUCACGGAGGAGUCCGUAGCCAAUCUCACGACAGACCAGCGCAACGAAUAUGCCGACCGACUGAAGCGAGCCGGAAACAAGGCUUACGGCGACAAGGCCUACAACAAGGCUAUCGACUUGUACUCGCAGGCGAUCCUAUGCAAGAAGGACCCCAUCUACUACUCCAACCGUGCGGCUUGCUACAGUGCCCUAUCUGAGUGGCAGAAAGUUGUCGACGAUACGACGACUGCUCUAAGCAUCGACCGCGUGUACCUUAAGGCUAUUAACCGCCGCGCCAAGGCUUACGAGGAGCUCAAGAUGUAUCGCGACGCCCUAGUCGGCUAUACGCUUGCCUGCAUCAUCGACAACUUCCAGAACCAAUCUGCGGCGAACGCUGUUGAGAAGCUGCUUAAGGUGGUAGCUACAGAGGAGGCUCAGAAGCGCAUGGCCGACCGAAAGCAGACCCUUCCCAGCCACACCUUCGUCAACAACUACUUCGUGAGCUUCCGCGCCAAGCCGAGGCCCGCUGGUCUGGAGGACUCUGACGAGUUGCCCGCCGGCUCUGGAAAGGAGCAGUUGCGACUCGGCCUCCAGGCGCUUGAGAAGAAGACGAGCACGGGAUACGAGGAGGCGAGGCAAGCCUUCGACAAGGCCAUCGAGUUGGGCGACCUUGGCGAAUUUGAGGGCCUCGCCUACAACAUGCGAGGAACUUUCCGCUGUCUCCUCGGCGCCCACGAGGAGGCCAUGGCCGAUCUGACCAAGUCGAUUGAGCUUGAUCCUUCCAUGACUCAGUCUCACAUCAAGCUCGCUAGCAUGCGUCUUGAGCAGGGUGAUGCCGACAAGGCUUUCGAGGACUUCACUACUGCCCUCGCCGCGAACGACAAGGAUCCCGAUAUCUACUACCACCGGGCGCAGCUCCACUUUAUCAAGGGCGAGUUCGCCGAGGCUGCUAAGGAUUACCAGAUGUCCAUGGACCUCGAUCGUGACUUCAUCUUCUCCCACAUCCAGCUUGGUGUAACCCAGUACAAGAUGGGCUCCAUGGCCUCGUCUCUUGCCACCUUCCGACGCACGGUGAAGAACUUCCCCAAGUGCCCCGAUGUCUACAACUACUACGGAGAGUUGCUCCUCGAUAUGGGUCAGGUGAACGAGGCCAUUGAGAAGUUCGAGACUGCUGUAGAACUUGAGAGCAAGAACAACCCGGGAUCGAUGAAUGUCCUUCCCCUCGUCAACAAGUCUCUUGCCAUCUUCCAGAUGAAGCAAGAUAGCGCCGAGGCUGAGAAGCUUUGCCAAAAGGCUCUCGAGAUCGAUCCUGAGUGCGAUAUCGCCGUUGCCACCAUGGCUCAGCUUCUCCUCCAGAGGGGCAACAUUGCUGAGGCUCUCACCUACUUCAGGCGCGCCGCGGACCUCGCGCGCACCGAGUUUGAGAUGAUCAAUGCUCUCUCGUACAGCGAGGCGACUGCCUGCCAGCUCAAGAUCCAAGAAGAGUACCCCGAGCUGGUGAGCAAGGUGAGAUCGGCGAAUCUCGUGUAA